AUGGAAAACUCCUAUCUCUGUGGAUACUUAAAGAUUAAAGGCCUUACAGAGGAGUACCCAACCCUGACCACGUUCUUUGAAGGCGAAAUAAUCAGUAAAAAGCACCCUUUCCUAACACGCAAGUGGGAUGCGGACGAGGAUGUGGAUCGUAAACACUGGGGAAAGUUCCAGGCUUUUUACCAGUAUGCAAAAACAUUUAACUCUGAUGACUUUGAUUAUGAGGAUCUGAAAAAUGGUGACUAUGUCUUCAUGAGAUGGAAGGAACAGUUCCUAGUUCCAGAUCACACUAUCAAAGACAUCAGUGGUGCUUCCUUUGCUGGUUUCUAUUACAUCUGUUUCCAGAAGUCAGCAGCGUCUAUAGAGGGCUAUUACUACCAUAGGAGUUCAGAAUGUCGAUAUUCCUGCCGAUUUCGGGAUCGUGUCCCAGGCAGCAGCUCCCAGCGCUUCCCUCCCCGCAGACUCCCGUAUCCCGAGGGGAAUCGGCCGCUCUCCGUAACCGCCGGCCGCCUUCCUGUCGUUGCAGCCACCGAGUACCACCUGGGCCUGCUCAAGGCCAAGCUCGCCAAGUACCGGGCGCAGCUGCUGGAGCCCUCCAAGUCCUCGGCCGCCAAAGGAGAGGGCUUCGAUGUGAUGAAAUCCGGGGACGCCCGCGUGGCGCUGAUCGGGUUCCCCUCCGUGGGUAAGUCCACGUUCUUGAGCUUAAUGACCUCAACGGCCAGCGAAGCUGCAUCGUACGAGUUCACGACCCUCACGUGCAUCCCGGGAGUCAUAGAAUACAAAGGAGCCAACAUUCAGCUCUUGGAUCUGCCUGGGAUCAUCGAAGGAGCAGCACAAGGGAAGGGCAGAGGCCGGCAGGUGAUAGCCGUGGCCCGGACCGCAGACGUCGUCAUCAUGAUGCUGGAUGCCACCAAGGGGGAGGUGCAGAGGGCCCUGCUGGAGAAAGAACUGGAGUCUGUGGGAAUCCGUCUGAACAAAAGCAAACCAAAUAUCUAUUUCAAGCCGAAGAAGGGUGGAGGCAUCUCCUUCAACUCGACUGUAACGUUGACCCAGUGCUCGGAGAAGUUGGUGCAGCUCAUCCUGCAUGAAUAUAAAAUCUUCAAUGCUGAGGUUCUCUUUAGAGAGGAUUGUUCUCCCGACGAGUUCAUCGACGUGAUUGUAGGCAACAGGGUCUACAUGCCCUGCCUCUAUGUUUAUAACAAGAUUGACCAGAUAUCUAUGGAGGAGGUGGAUCGUCUUGCUCGGAGACCCCACAGUGUUGUAAUCAGCUGUGGCAUGAAACUGAAUCUGGAUUACUUGCUGGAGAAGCUCUGGGAAUACCUUGCACUUACCUGCAUCUACACCAAGAAACGAGGACAGAGACCGGACUUCACAGAUGCCAUUAUUCUACGGAAAGGGGCCUCUGUGGAGCAUGUGUGCCAUCGAAUUCACAGAUCGUUAGCCAGCCAGUUCAAAUAUGCCUUGGUGUGGGGGACAAGCACAAAAUACAGUCCUCAAAGAGUGGGUUUGACUCAUGUGAUGGAGCACGAAGAUGUCAUUCAGAUCGUCAAGAAAUAACCCUCUUUGCUCCUCGCCAGUGCCUGGCCUUGUCUUAGCCACUAGAAUUGGAACUGACCACGUAAAAGCAAAACAAAACAAAAA